GUUGGGAAAUAAAGACAUUUACACACCACACCUCGCCCGUGCAGCAUCGCGAGUCGCGUUCGAAAUAUUCUUUAUUUAAUAUUUAUUAAUUUAUUAAUAAAAUAGGUGUUUUAUAAAAUGGCCAGGGCCAUAGAAAUGUUGGCUAACCUACUCGCUGUGACAGUGCUGUGUAUAUGUGUCCAUAAUACGUUCCAGUUGGUACCUUUGCCUGACUUCAUCCAUCCAUGCGGAGAAUUAACAGAUGAAUGCUUCACCCAGGCCACCCUCGACGCUAUCCCGGGGGUUGUCAGAGGAAUCCCGGAAGCAGGGAUCCCAUCCCUGGAUCCGCUGUACCUGGAUAGGAACAUCACUAUGAACCUGCCGGGCAACGUCAAAAUGACGUUCCACAAUGGAAAACUAUCAGGACUGAGGACUUGUGUACCAGAUAAAGUUUCGUCUCACAGGGAGAAACGCACGUUUAUAUUCGACAUCCACUGCAACUUCACCAUCAAGGGACACUACAGCAUCCUCGGGAGGAUCUUGCUUUUCAGUCUUGACACUGAGGGAAGCGCUAAAAUCAAAAUCUGGAACCAACAUAUACGACUGGAGGUUUUAGAAAAGGUUGUAAAGGAUAAGAACGGUGAAGGACAUUACAAGAUCAACUCCUAUAAAUACAAAGCGGACUAUGGAACAGAUCUCAAACUGAAUCUUACGAACUUAUUCAGAGGAAGUCCUCAAAUUAGUGCCAACAUCCUGGAUGUUCUAAAUUCAAACUCUCAACUCGUGGCCGCAGAGUUCGGUGGGCCGAUACUCGACUACGCCAUAGACUACGCCAUGAACGUCACGCAGCGGUUCUUCAGCACCUACACUUACGACCAAAUCAGUAAAGUGCCGCUCACAGAAGAGUUCUUUGAGGACGACUAAAAUAAAUUAUUGUAAUUAACACAAACAAGCUUAUUUAAAAGUCUCAGUGGCACGGCCAUGGUCCGGUUUGACUAAUUCUAAAGUCCUUCGAUCUGACCCCCCCCCCCCCCUCCCCUAAUUAUCUAAUUUCAUACCCAUGCGUACUGUGUAGGUAUGACAAUAGAUCGACCAAGUCUGUAAUUUAAAAAAAACUAAUAUUCUUUUUAAAUACAGUGUGAUCGAGAUGCUCGUUCCGCCGUCACAAUUUCACAAUUAUGUGCCAGAUAAAGUAAACUAAAUCUACAACAUGAUUACUAUAUAAAACGUAUACGAAAACAAAUCAUUGUCUUGU